AAUUAUUUUAUUCGAUUAAAUGGGAUUGCAGCGAAAAACAUCAACAACAUGGCAGAAGCAGCCCACCUCACUUCUGCCGUAUCUCAUGACAAACCAUCGUAUUUUGAAGUUUUAGCACAAGAAAGUUUGCUAUCAACUGUUCGACCAGCUGUUAAACAUGCUAUAAGAGUUGUAGCUGAAAGCAAACCUGAGAGAUUUGGAUGGUUUUUACUUCAUUUUGAUGAGAUAUACACAUUUUUAGACUUCUUGGUCGAGCACCAUCAUCUUAGGAAAUAUGCUGCAACGUUUUCUGAACACUUCUAUAGUCUUCGUAGAGACUGCAAUGAUUCUACUAAUGGAAAGCUGUCAACGAAAGUUCUUUGGAAAUCUCUGUUCUUAGUAGUGCUGCUUCCAUAUGUUAAGCAGAAAUUUGACGAGUAUUUUGAAAACCAAAGGCAUUUAUACAACACAUUUACAUCAAACAAAGCAAUGGCGCCUCUUACUAAAGCAUUUGUUGCUAUCUACCCAUACGUCCACACGGCUUGGGAAGCUACUGUGCUUGCCUACCAGACAGGAUACCUGUUGGGGAAACUAGACCACCAUUCUCCAUUCCUCUUCCUGUCUGGAGCGACUUUAGUCAAUGAUUUGGAGACGACAGAAGUCCCGUUAGGUCCUUCGAGACUUUCUUGGGCUAAUAUGAGUGUCCCACGGAGAGCCCUAUACCUGCUGGGAAGACUUGGCAGCCUGUGUGCAGUGGGCGUGUCCACGGGGCUGUCGGUGGGAGUGUUCUUUGUUCAGUUCCUGGACUGGUGGUACGCCAGUGAGACCACCCAUACCUCCCUCACUGCUCUCCCCAUCCCUGAGGCACCACAGGAUGAUAAAGGCACAAUAGACCUCCACUGGAAGUUGUGCCCUGUGUGUCAUAGAACAAGAAGUAAUGACACUGCCUUAUCUGUAUCUGGGUAUGUGUUCUGCUAUCCAUGCAUAUAUGACUAUGUAUCAGAGUACAAGAAGUGUCCAGUGACCCAGUACCCAGCCCAGACUGACCAUCUGAUCAAGCUGUACCGUACAUGACUGACAGCUAGCACUGCUUUGAAGUCUUGGGUCUUUGUGUGCUAUUCAUGACUGACAGCUAACACUGCUUUGAAGUCUUGGCUGCGUGUGCAAUAAAUAUCUGGGGAUAUUUAAACUUAUGUGAAAAUGGAAGCGGAAAUUACAUUAAAGGGAAAAAAUAGGCCUCUUGUAUGCAAUAGGCCUCUAGUAAUGGUAAUUGUUAUACUGAUUGCCUGCCUGGCUGUCAUGAGUGAUACCAGUGUUGGGAUGUUAAGUUAAAGUGCUGUUUUCAGAUUGUCAAGUGCCAUCUUAUUGUGAAAUAUAUUGGUAGUUAUCAUC